GGCGGGGUCGGGGUCGGCGGGUUCGGUUCAGGCCCCGGCCCCGAGCGGCCCCCGUGGGUUCGGCCCGGGCCCGCCCGCCCCGGCGUCACCCCUGGCACACGGCCUCGGCCCCGGGGAGGCGGCGGGGCAGUGCCGGUGCCCCCGCAGGCAUCUGGAAGGUUCCGGCUCGCCCGCCCCCCGCCGCCCCGACUCUCUUGCUCUAUAAAUGCGGGCGCUGGUGGCCGGCGCGCUCAGAGGGGGGCGCCGGGGCCAUGCUGGGGGUCUGGCUGCUGCUUUGGGGUUCCGUGGCCCUGGGCGGCCGGGCGGACACCGCCUUCCUCCGCCGCGCCCAUGACAGCUCCGGGCGCUGCACCUACUCCUUCACGGUGGCCAGCCCCGUGGAGGCCGCCUGCCCCGAGGCUGCCGGCGGCGUGCCCGAGCUGCGCGCCGAGCUGGCCGCCCUCGCCGCCCGCCUGAGUCGGCUGGAGAGCCGAGAGCGAGGAGCGGGGGGCUCGGGGCCGCGCGGAGCCGAGCCGGGGGGCGCACGGGACUCUCAGCAAGCCUCCGGGCUGGAGGCUGCGUACGGCGAGCUGCUACGGGCCAAGUCCCGGCUGGAGGAGGAGAAGGGGCGGCUGGAGCGGGAGAAAGAGGAGCUGGGCAGGCGGCUGGAGAGCAGCGCCCAGGAGAUCACCCGGCUGCGGGCCGCCCGCUGCCCCCCCGGCAGAGAGGGGCCCGGCCGGGACACGCUGCGUGCCCCCGCCAAGGCGCCGCGCUGGGAGCCGCAGCCCCUGAGCUACCAGGAGCUGCAGUCGGAGAGGAGCGAGGUUCCCGUGUCCCGGCUGCUGGAGGAGACGGCGCUCGCCCGCCCGGGCAAGGAGGACUCAGGCUGCGGCCAGCUGCUGUGGGUGGGGGAGCCCGUGGUGUUCGGCCGGGCGGACUCCAUCGCGGGCAAGUACGGCGUGUGGAUGAAGGACCCCGAGCCCGUGCCGCCCUUCACCCGCGACAACACGUGGCGUGUGGACACCGUGGGCACCGAGGUGCGCCAGCUCUUCCAGUACGAGGAGGCCGAGCAGCUGGCCCGGGGCUACCCCGCCAAGGUGCACAUCCUGCCGCGGCCCCUGGAGAGCACGGGGGCCGUCAUCUACCGCGGCGGGCUCUUCUUCCAGCCCCGCCAGUCCCGCUCCGUGGCCCGCUACGACCUGCGGGGCGAGAGCAUCACGGCCGAGAGGGAGAUCCCCGGCGCCGGCUACCACGGGCAGUACCCCUACUCCUGGGGGGGCUACACCGACAUCGACCUGGCUGUGGAUGAGACGGGGCUCUGGGUCAUCUACAGCACCGACAAGGCCCGGGGAGCCAUCGUCCUCUCCAAGCUGGACCCCGAGACGCUGGAGAUCCGUCGGACCUGGGAGACCAACAUCCGCAAGCGGGGGGUGGCCAACUCCUUCCUCAUCUGCGGCACCCUCUACACCGUCAGCAGCUACUCUGCGCCCAACGCCACCAUCAACUUCGCCUACGACACCGCCACGGGCACCAGCCGUGCCCUCAGCAUCCCCUUCGAGAACCGCUUCCGCUACCUCAGCAUGCUGGACUACAACCCUGCCGAGCGGCAGCUCUUCGCCUGGGACAGCUUCAACAUGGUCACCUACCCCGUCCGCCUGUCGCGGCCGUGAGCCCGGGCUGGCGGUGCGCCGGCUCAGCCCCCGGGGGCUCGGUGCGUGCCUUGGCACCCCGCUUCCCUCCCCCUGUCCCCCGGGAGCGCCGCCUCCCGCAGCCUCGGGGUGCUGCCCCGCCACAUCGCGUUGUGCAGCAGAGAGAGAGAGGAGGCGCUCACUGCUCCAGAGCCAGGGAAGCGCCUCUCAGCAGCCUCGGUGGGGUCCGGAUGGGUCCCCGCAGUGCCCAGCCCUGAGCUGCUGCAGCACCUCCCUGAGCACCCAGCCUGGCCGUGAAUGUGGAGCACGGAGGGCUCAGGCAUGGGGAGGGCUGUGCAGGAGGAUCCUGCCUUAAAAUAAACGCGUUUCCCUAGCUGUGAGCAGCGAGCCCCUCUGCGGGGCAGGGUUUGUUGUUUCCAGGCUCCAGCCCUGCAGAGAUCCCACAGCCUCCGCUGGCAUCCCACACUCCCAGUGCCCAAGGGCAUCCUGGAGCUCAGCCACCUCCAGAACUCAUCGAGUGGGCUCAAAAGCAGCAGAAAACACAGACACACAUGGCACAAGCCUUGUUUUAUUGAGGAGAGCAGGGGUGAGCAGUGCUGGCAGAGCACCUGCAGCCGGGCGGCCUCUCGGUCCCAGCCCUUCCAGCCUUGUGCUUCAGCUUUGCAGCCCUCCCAGGCCAGCAGCUCUCCCCAGCCAGCCCAAGCCACGCUGUUUUAUCUGUUUAUUGUAGAAAGCUUCUAGGAGGAAGCUUCUUUCCCAUUCUGGCACCUGGGGCAGCAGCAACCACAUUCCCCAGGGGCUGCAUGGGGUCCUGGCCCAAUAAACACUGCCCAGCACCUCUGCUGCCUCACACCUUGUUUUUCCAAGGCUGUUUCCCAAGGAGUGUGGUGGGCUGGUGCCACUCUUGGUGCACCUACAGGCAGGAAAAUGCCACAGUUUGGGAGGCAGCUCCUGACAGCAACACACCAGUUAUUGGAGCAGUGGAAAAGGGCAGAGAACACAGUGGGACACUUGUGAUGAUCAGGGAGAUGCUUCACCCCUCUGCUGUCCUGACUCUUUUCUUAAGUGUAGCAGCACUGUAUGUUUGCAUAUCACAAUGAAGCAUUUGGUUUAUCCAUCAUCCCCAGGCUUUAUUUUGGAAAAAAUACGAGCUGGUUGUAAAAAGUGAGCUGAUACAUGUGAGGAAUGUUUGGGAAGCUGCAGGGGGGAGCCCAGCACAGAGGGAGGAGGCUGAAAGACCCAAUCCUGCUCCUGGGCAGGAAUCUCACCUGAGCCAGGGCCAGGAACACAUCAGCCCUGUCACUGUCACACGCAGAGCUGGGAGAGCCGAGCAGGCGGCAGGCAGGGCCAGCAGUGCCCAGCAAAGCUGGCACCAAGGGUGGGGAAAGGCAUUUCUGUGCCAGAGCAGGGCGGGAUGAAGGGCAGGGCUGGAGCAGAGCCCCGGCAGCGGCAGCAGCGCCUCGCUGGGCCCAGACACCGAGGGCAGACACCGAGGGCAGACAGCUCCGCCCCAAGCCGCGGCCAGUGCAUCUCUUAAUUGCCUGAGAAAAUAAAGGAGGACAAGCCAAUGUACACAGGAUUUCCAGAAAGCUGGGCUGCAGCUGAACAGCGCUGAAUACACUGCUUUACUUAACAGGCUUUGGGAAAACAAGCCCUGCCUGCCCACAUCCCAGCAAGAAAGCAGCCUGAGCCCAGGGGGUUGCUGGAUCUGGCCCCAGUCACAUUUAAACCCCUCUGGCUCUCACCCUGCAGAAUAGUUAUGACCUUUUCACAGCCUCAACAUUAUUAGGGGGAAAAAAAAAAUUGAAUUCCCCAAACAAAAUUGUUUCCUAAUUUCUGUGAGGUUCAGCACAAUUAUUUCUGAUGACCAGAGUCCUAGAAAAGAGAUUACAAGCCAAAUCCCACUCAAAUUAAAAAAAAGCAAGAGCUACUCCAGUGUAAAUAGCCAGGAGCAAAGUUAUCUGAUUAAAUGUCAUAAAAUAUUCAAUCAAGCGGGGUCAAUGACUGAAAGCUCCACCUGGCCUCAAGGCAGCUGGCGUGGUUUGGGGUUUUGGAGAGGCACACAUCAAACCUGGGUUAUUUAGAGGCACAAAAUGCCCAAACUUUAAUUAAACUUCUGCAGAAAUACUCCCCUUGUUCUGCUCUGAGCACAAAAUAGUCCAAAGCCUGGUACAUUCCCACAGCCAACUGUGGGAAAUUCCUCUGAUUUCCCAAUGGAAUUAUUAUUACAGAAUUGAACAUGAAUCCUUUUAGCAGCACUUCUUUAAAAAUAGAACACUCUGGGGAAUGAGUUCCCAGUUUUGGGGUGUCCAACAGGCUGAGGGCAACCUCAAAGCAGGGAAGCAUCACCACACCUCAGUUACUUUUAUAGAAUGUUUCUAGGUGGAAGCAGUGUCCACAUUCACUCAGAGCCCCAUGUCCACCCUCCUUCCCAAGCAUUUACUGAGCUGUGCUCACACAGAUCCUUGUGAAAAAGGUGAUUUACCCUGUGUGUGACCUGCCCACAGCUCCAUUUGUGGAUUCCAGCACCUUUGAUUUACUCCACAUUGCUGCAGUUUUACCCUGAACAAAACCAAGCUGGGCAGCAAAGGUGCAGAGCCAGCCAGCACCUUCUCCCCAGAGAGCGACACCCAAAGUUCCUGGUGUUUGUGGGAAGCAAGUUCCCUCUGGUGGCCAGGGCUCCCUCAACUCCUGCCUGUCCCCUGCUGCUGCUGCUGCUGCCUUGGGAGGCUCCCUGGAGCAGGGGCUGGGCAGAGCUACAGGAAUACAGGAGGGA